AUAUAAUCUAUCCUGAUUGAUCCUGGAGGUCAGGCGUGGAAGGAGCUGGCGGCCGCGAUGCAACUUCUCCGAGGUUUUCUGGUAGCUCUUGCUCUGCAUAUGGUGGGCGCGCAGAAGAAAGACGUGGUUCUUCAGAACAGCACUACUGAUAGAGCAGUGGUAUCCUUUUUUGAUGUUUGGAAUCGCAGCUCCUGCCAGCCCUUGGAAAAACUGGUCAGUGUUGUAUCAGAAUACCCACAUGAAGUGGAGCAUGUGUUCAAACCUUCCUGUGUUUCCCUGCGUCGCUGCUGUGGAUGUUGUAGAGAUGAGGCACUGCAAUGUGUUCCAGUGGAAAUGGCCAAUAUCACUAUGGAGCUCAAGAAGAUCAACCCAGAGAAUCAGUUACCCUUCGUGGAGUUGUCAUUUACUGAACACAGGAAAUGUGAAUGCAGGCCCCGACAAGAUGCUCUGAAGUCAGGGAGGUGUGCCGUUUGAUGAGAGUUGUUGCUUUCUCAGCCAAGGGCAGUGCCGCAAUGCCUCUAUUUAAUUGCUAAGUCCUCUUCAACAUUCUUCUGCAAUUACAAUCUUGACUGAUGAAUUCAGGGGGGCUGAUAGCAGCUUGCUCACUUGAAGUGCCAGAGCAAAAAGGGAGGAGUAAAGACAACAUCCCAGUGAGAAUAUGGAGGAGACGGUUUUUUAAAUAAUUGCAUCAGAAGACUGCCCCAGGACCAAGCGAAGACCCUGUUUAUUUCAGUCCAUUCCCUGCCUACAUAGAGCUAAUAUUUCACUCUGAUUUCUGCAGAAUUGAGAGUAAACAGAAAUACAAGAAAACAGCAGCUGUUUUAUGUU